UCUCCGCCAGUGGAUCAUUUCUUGACACUGGUCAAGUUCAACGUGUUCCGUGUCAUGCUCAGAAACUCCCUGAUUCUCUGACUCCCAGCCGACAAUACGCUUUCAUACUUUCCUCGCUCCCAAGGGACCACGACUACCGCCUCAUCCUUUCCGCCCAGCCUCCGACCAACAAAGCUCCAGUGCACAGUUCCUCAUCAUCCGUGGAUCGAUCUUUUGCCAAACCCACGAAUGAGGGACAAUCUCCUGCGCGUUGGUAAUUUGUACGAUGAGUUAGAACUCUGCGCUGAUUUAAUCGGUUUUUCUCGACAACGAGAACGGGUCUGAUUGUUUGGAGAGAGCCGUGGGAUGCGGAGGGGUGGGGGGUUACGCAGUUGUUUGAGGGAGUGGGGAUGGAUGAUUAGAGGGUAUAAGGAGUUGGUGAGGAGUCCGAAUUAUUGGCGAUCCCAACGAGGUGAGAUUCCGUUGGAAUUUGACGAGGCUUGGGUUGGCGAGGUGGUUGACGACUGUUCCGACAUUUCUGGGGCAAAAUUCUGGUAUUUGACGAAAAUUCGUGAUAUCAACUCGCUUCAAAUGUCCUCUACAUAAAUACCAUGAAUGCAAGAUGGGACCAAGGUGUCUUUCGAACUAGGACGUUGAGAACAGCUCCCGAACUCAAGCGAAUUGGAUUUGAAGGUCGCUCCGCUUGAGUUUUCCUGGCAGGACUCAGCCGUCCUCUACGACCUUGUUCUCGGCCAAAUAUUCAGCACAGUGUAGUUUACUGCCAUUAUUGGUUCUUUCAAACACUGCCAACUCUUGAUCCUUUAAAAGUAAAUGGAGUUUGAAAAGUCAUUACUGUUGCAU